AUGGCAUCCAGCACCAAGUCUCAAAACACUACUAGUGUGGGCGAGAAGCUGGACAUGCGAACGAUCGCAAGCCGCAUCAAGGAUGGGCAAAUCACUCGGAUCGUGGUCCUGCUGGGCGCUGGCAUUAGUACUGCCGCUGGGAUACCCGACUUCCGAUCGCCCAACACCGGUCUCUACGACAAACUUGCGCCUUUACAUCUUCCCUAUCCCGAAGCCGUCUUUCAUAUCAGCUACUUCGCUCAUACCCCCGAACCAUUCUACGCGAUCGCACGAGCCCGCCAUCCCGGCAAUCUUCAGCCAACUGCUUCUCAUGCUUUUUUGGCACUUCUCGCGCAAAAGAAGGUGCUUCAUUUCAUUUUUACCCAGAACAUCGACGGGCUUGAGCAGGACGCAGGCGUUCCUGCAGACAAGAUCCUCUGGGCACAUGGGAACUGGAAGAGUCAGCAUUGUUGGAAAUGCAAGACCGAGUACCCCGAUGACCUGAUGCAAAAAGCGAUUCGCGACGGCGCGGUGCCCUACUGCCAAAUGCCCGAAUGCGGUGGUGCGGUCAAGCCGGAUGUUGUGUUCUUUGGACAAUCUCUGCCCCUCGAGUUCGAUGAAAAGGAGAAACUCGUGCCAGAAGCGGACCUGAUGCUUGUCAUGGGGACCAGUUUGAAGGUGGCCCCAUGCUCCAGACUCCCACGUCUGGUCCAAGAAGGAAUCCCAAGAGUCUUGAUCAACAUGGAGAAAUCCGGAGAUUUCGGGAGCCGAAACGAGGAUGUGUGCAUUCUUGGCUCGUGUGAUGAGGGUGUGCGCAAACUUGCGCACGAACUGGGAUGGAGUGAGGACCUGGACGCUCUUUGGCGGAGUGCGUUGAAUGCCAAGCACGAUGAUCUUGGAUUCGACGGAGGCCCCACUCUCGAUGAGUGCAUCGCGAAAGUGGCGAGUCAGAUGGACAGUCGGAUGAAGAUCUCCAAGGGGCAUAAACGUAUGCUGGAGACCCAUUUGGCCAGCAAGUUUGCGCAUAUGGGGCUAAGCUCACCAUCGCCGCCUUCACUUCCUCCAAUGCCUCCGAAUCAUGAUGGAAAAUCACCCCCACGGUCAUGA